AUGGAUCUCGACGGCCUCGACCCCAGCGAACUCGAAGCAGCACUCCAACAUUACCUAACUCACAUAAUCGAAAAGAACCUCGGCAAAUCUCCCAAUCCCGGUCUCCCUCUCGAUCCCUCGAAUCGAAAGCUGGACUUGGAGCUCAUCUCCAAGGAUCCAGCAAAGAUCCACGAAUUCUGGAAAUCAGUUGUUCUCCAAACCAGCGGAACCCUGACACUAGAGGAUGAAUCCGUUCUCUUCAAAAAGCUGCACAGCAUAUUUAUGAAGCGGGUUGAUGAGAGAAGAGCAGAAGUCAACAGAUGCAGAACCGAAAUAUCAGAACUUGAGUUUAGUCUGCAGGUUCUGAGACAAGUAGACAAAAUCUAUCUUGACCCUAAAUCAGAAUCGAAAAUGAAAGGGGACGGGAAGAAUUUCGAGAGAGUUUUCGAUAAGAUUAAAAAGGAUAUUAAAACCAAGCAAGAAUACUAUGCGAAGGAGAGACCCACCAUCGAAGCCAUCAUUCCAGUAGUCGAUGGUGAACUUGAAGAGAAAAUAAAGGAUCAUAAGACUCAUCUUAAGACUCUUGUGACACCAGCGCUUUGA